AUGCCUUUGAUGUAUUUUGUAAAGAUACAAUCGAAAACUGAUUCAAAGAAAUGUCAUCCAAGAAAUAUUUUGGGGGAGGUGGGAGGUGUGGUAGUCAAUGGCCUGGUAAAUAUUAGCAUUUCCACCAUCGAAAAGCGCUAUGAAAUGAAGAGUUCCCUGACAGGCCUAAUAUCAUCAAGCUAUGACAUAUCAUUUUGUGUGUUAUCUUUAUUUGUUUCAUUUGUUGGUGAAAGAGGACACAAACCAAGAUGGCUUGCAUUUGCAUCCUUUAUGAUAGGACUGGGAGCACUUGUAUUUUCGCUGCCAAAUUUUUUUAGUGGAAGAUAUCAACUGGGCUCCCUUUUUGAAGAUACCUGCUUAACAACAGGGAAUAAUACCAGUUGUGCUUCUUCGAGUUCUUCACUUUCUAGCUACUUGUAUGUCUUCAUCUUGGGCCAGCUGUUGCUGGGAACAGGAGGGACCCCUCUUUAUACCCUGGGAACAGCCUUUCUUGAUGAUUCCGUACCUACACACAAAUCUUCUCUUUAUAUAGGAAUUGGCUAUGCUAUGUCAAUAUUAGGUCCUGCUAUUGGCUAUGUUUUGGGUGGACAGCUGCUAACCAUGUACAUUGAUGUUGGUUUUGGACAAAGCAUUGAUAUCACUGAAGAUGACCCUCGGUGGCUGGGGGCCUGGUGGAUUGGAUUUCUUUUGAUUUGGCUCUUUGCUUGGUCUUUGAUACUGCCAUUUUCUUGCUUUCCAAAACAUUUACCAGGUACGGCAAAAAUUCAAGAUGGAAAAACUUCCCAGACUCAUCAGGUUAAGAAUUGUUCCUUAAAACAUAAAGAUGAGAAUUUUGGAAAAAGUUUUAAAGAUUUUCCAGCUGCUCUAAAGAGUUUGUUGAGGAACACAGUCUUUAUGUGUUUAGUUCUAUCUACUUCUUCAGAAGCCUUAGUUACUACUGGAUUUGCUACUUUUUUACCCAAAUUUAUAGAAAAUCAGUUUGGAUUGUCAUCCAGCUUUGCAGCUACCCUUGGAGGUGCUGCUUUAAUUCCUGGAGCUGCUCUUGGUCAGAUUUUAGGUGGUGUCCUUGUUUCAAAAUUCAAAAUGACCUGCAAAAACACAAUGAAAUUUGCUUUGCUCACGUCUUUAGUUGCUCUUGUACUGAGUUUUGUUUUCCUUUAUGCCCACUGUGAAAAUGAGCCAUUUGCUGGUGUUUCCGAAUCAUACAAUGGGACAGGAACACUUGGAAACCUGACUGCUCCUUGUAAUGCUGAUUGUAACUGCUUGCGAUCGUAUUAUUAUCCUAUCUGUGGAGAAAAUGGAGUGCAGUACUUUUCUCCCUGCUAUGCAGGCUGUAAAAAUUCUGUUUCCAAAAGACAUUCAAAGGUAUAUUAUAAUUGUUCCUGUAUUGAAAAGAAAGUAGAAAUAACACCUACUGCAACAAGUGAAGGCUUUGAAGCUAAAGCUGGAAAAUGUGGAACUCAGUGUCCAUUUCUGCCCGUUUUCCUUUCCAUUUUCUUUAUUAUAGUUAUUUUUACCUUUAUGGCUGGUACUCCUAUUACCGUAUCCAUCCUAAGAUGUGUGAAUCACAGGCAGCGGUCUCUGGCACUGGGAGUACAGUUUAUGUUGCUUCGAUUACUAGGCACAAUACCUGGACCUAUUAUAUUUGGUAUCACAAUAGAUAGCACAUGUGUUCUCUGGGAUAUUAAUGAAUGUGGAAGUAAAGGAGCUUGCUGGAUUUAUGAUAACAUCAAGAUGGCUUAUAUGCUUGUGACUAUAAGUGUUAUUUGUAAAAUUAUUACCAUUUUCUUCAAUGGGCUUGCAGUCUUUUUGUAUAAACCACCACCAUCGGGCACAGAUGUGUCAUUUCAAAAUGAAGCUUCUGUUGUGAUGACUGUUUCAUUAGAAUGUGAUCUCAACAAAGGAAAUGAAGGCUGAAAUAAAAAAAGAGACUACUACAGCUGGAAAACUGAACCCUAUAUGUAAGAAUUAUGUUUGCCAUUGCAGCAUUAUUUACUCACUGUGGACAACCAUCUCUUAAACAUUGAUCUUUCAUAAUUAAAUGUAUUUUCUGUAUAUAUAUGGACUCAUUUAUUUUUGUUUUAAUGUUAGACACAGAAUUGUACCUUCAAAGCCUACCAAAAGCCUCAUAGCACAUCUCACUUUUA